AUGACCAAAGCCGGUGAACGGAGGCUGCGCAAGGUGGCCCGGUCCGGGGUGGUCCGCCGGCUGAAGCCGUUACUCCGCAAGGCCAAUGCCGGCAAUCUGGAUCUCAAUGCGGUUGAUGCGGGUGGGACAACGGCUGCGCACACUGCUGCAGAGAGAGGACAUGUGCCGGUUGUUCUGGCUCUGGCUCGUGCCGGCGCAGAUUUGUAUCGGAAGGAUGCUCGCGGUCGCAACGUCCUCGAUGCCGCCGCUGCUGCUGGUCAGACUGCUGUCGUCGAGGCUCUCAUCGCCCCACCUCCCUUUGCUCUUGUCGCUGCAGAGCCUGUUUGCGCCAAGGCAACGGAUGAUCAAGAUCCACCGGUUGUGUCGGAUCCGCAAGACGGAAGCGAUGCGCUUAUCGGUGACGAUGCGCCGGCGGCGGGUGCGUCACAGGCUCCCCGACCGGUCACGGCUGUCCGCGGCACCGCGCUGAUGCGAACCUCGGGCGACCAUGCACCGGGAGAGACAUCACCGCUGCUGCUGGCUACCAAGGCCGGCGCACUGGGCGUGGUCAAGGUCCUCCUCCGGCUCGGCGCCAACCCAGAUCAGGUUCCUGGUCCCCAUGGCAGGCUCCCGCUGCACUGGGCGUGCGCCAAGGCCAACGUUGACAUCACCGCCGCCCUGCUCGACGGUGGCGCUGACCCCUACGCCCUCACCAGCGACGGCGAGUCCGCCAUCGACAUCGCAGGUUCAGGCGACGUCGCACGGCUCGUCCGCCUCGCCCAGCUUGCCCCCGAGCCCGAGCCGGUCCUCGACGCCAUCGGCCCACACCUGGUCACCGACCUUGCCGCCGAUGCCGAGUCGGGCGCCCUUGCCGCAUUUAUGGACUACGCUCCGGCCGCUCUACCCAAACCCAAGAAGAAGCGCCGGAAACGCCGCAAGAAGACAUAG